CUCAAGAGCGCUUCAGUUUUGAGUAUUCCUUCACUCACCAUCAGUAUCUAUGGCCGAACAACUUCUCCUCGUCCCUGCCGAGCAAAUCAUUGAGACUUUGGGCUCACUGGCUGCCAAUAAGAUCGCAUUGCUAUGGGGACUCGAAGAUGAGCUUCAACGCCUGAGGAACACCGUUUCAACAAUCAAAGCUGUGCUUCUAGAUGCGGAGGAGAAACAGGCUGCUGGGAACCAUGCAGUCACAGAUUGGCUCAAAAAGCUAGAAGAUGCCAUGUACGAUGCGGAUGACUUGCUGGAUGCUGUUUCCACUGAAGCUCUACAUAGGGAAAUACUGACUCGUGAUAACAAGGCCAAACAGGUACGCAUUUUCUUUUCCAAAUCAAACCAGCUUCUCUAUCGUCUUAAAAUGGCCCCUAAGAUUAAGGCCAUGAGAGAGAGGUUAGAUUCCAUCUACGCCGAGGGGGACAGAUUCCACUUGAAGGUACGCGAUGUGGAGACACGUGUCGGGGGAAACAGGGGUAACACUCAUUCUUUUGUACGUGCGGAAGCAGUUAUUGGUCGAGACGAUGAUAAGAAGGCUGUUAUCCACCGUCUGCUGGACUCCAACGUUGAAGACAAUGUUUCAAUCCUUCCAAUUGUUGCCAUCGGUGGAUUGGGAAAGACUACACUCGCUCAACUCAUUUUCAACGAUGACCAAAUCCAAAACCAUUUUCAGCUCCAAAUGUGGGUGUGUGUCUCUGAUCCCUUCCACGUUCAAAAUAUUGUUGAAAAUAUCUUAGAAGCUGCAACAACGAAGAAACCAGAACCCGCUCGAAUGAAUACAUUGGUAGGUAAACUUAAAAAAGAAAUCGAUGGAAAGAAAUACCUGCUCGUGUUGGAUGAUGUGUGGAAUGAGGAUCUUGAAAAAUGGUCUGAAUUGAAAGAAGUGCUGAUGGGUGGUGUAAGCGGCAGUAGAAUAUUAGUGACUACACGCAGUGAAAAGGUUGCAAGGAUUAGCGGGACAGUUCAAUCAUAUUCCUUAAGGGGUCUAAAGGAAGACGAGUCAUGGUGUUUAUUGAAGCAACUGGCAUUUGAGAAAGGAAAAGAGCCGGAGGAGACUUCAAGCAUCGCAGCGGUUGGGAGGGAGAUACUAAAAAAGUGCUUUGGUGUCCCACUGGCAAUAAGGACAAUUGGAAGUUUACUACGCUUCAAAAAUUCAGAAGCAGAGUGGUCGUCUUUUAAGGAAAAUGAACUCUCAAAAAUAGAUCAAAAUGAAAAAGACAUCUUACCAACUCUGAAGUUGAGUUAUGAUCAUCUUCAUUUACAUUUGAAGCACUGCUUUGUUUAUUGCAGUUUGUUUCCAAAAGAUCACUGGUUAUAUAAAUCAAGACUGAUUCAACUCUGGAUGGCACAAGGGUUUGUCAAGUCAUGCGAUGAUCAAAACCGAAGCUUUGAAGAGGUUGGUAAUGAGUAUUUUAAGGAUUUACUAUGGAGAUCAUUCUUUCAAGAAGCUGAAACGGAUGAUUUUGGUGACAUAGUUAGAUGCAAAAUGCAUGACCUGAUGCAUGAUCUUGCCAUAUCAGUGGCAGGAUCAUUGAUCACCACAAUAGAUGAUAAGAAUAGAAACCUUCAUGAGAAAACUCGUCAUGUUUCAGUUGUUGAUUACUACAAUAUCGAUGCUUCAUCAAUUACAAUUUCAUUAUGUAAAGCAAGUGGCAUACGAACAUUUCUUUGUAAUCCUACUUCCUUCUACACACAUCUUUCCCAAUCCACUUCCGUCAACUUUUUAGAUUGUGAAGUAAUUUUUUCAAGUUCCAAGUUCUUGCGCGUGUUGGUCCUGCACAAGAGAAAUCAUGAACUUUUACCAAGCUCUAUUGGGAAGUUGAAGCAUUUAAGAUAUCUUGAUCUUUCUUCAAACUAUCUCAAGAAGCUACCCAAUUCUAUAUCUAGGUUGCAGAAUUUGCAAACACUAGAUCUUUCAUUUUGUCUCAAUCUUGAAGAAUUGCCAAGCUCUAUUGGAGAGUUGAAGCAUUUAAGAUGUCUUGAUCUUUUUGGGGACGCGAAUCUCAAGAAGUUACCCAAUUUUAUAUCCAAAUUGCAAAAUUUGCAGACACUAAAUCUCUCAUUUUGUUUUAAUCUUGAAGAAUUACCGGGAGACAUGAAAGAAUUAGUCAAUCUCAGGCAUCUUGAGAUAGAUGGAUGUGUAUUGUUGACUUAUAUGCCACGUGAAUUGGGGCUACUCAAUAAUCUCCAGACAUUAUCAAACUUUGUGGUCCACAAGGAUCCUUGCUCUCCGCAUAGCAGUGGGUUAAAAGAACUAAAGGGACUAAAUAACCUGAGGGGAGAGUUAGUUAUUACAAAUAUGAGACAUGGGAAAGAUGGUGCGUCAGAAUGUAAGGAAGCAAAUUUAAAAGCGAAGCAACAUCUUCAUGGUUUGUGUUUAAAGUGGAGUACUGAAGGAGGUGUCAAUGCUUCAGACGUUAUUGUUGAUGAUGAGAUGUUGUUGGAAGUCCUCCAACCGCACCCAAAUCUGAAAGAGCUUCGUGUAAAAGGAAAUUGGGGUUCAAGGCUUCCAAGUUGGCUUUUGUCACUCACAAAUCUCAAAUCUCUUGUUCUUUCCCGAAUGGAUGCUAUGGAGUACAUAUUAGACAGUGGUUACAGCAAUGAGUUCUCUUAUUCUUUUAUCCCAUCUCUCAAGGAAAUCAAGCUCAAAAAUUGCCCUAAUCUCAAGGGGUGGUGGAGGAGAGAUUCUUCCGUGGAGGUCAAUAGUGAUGGUCAUAAUUCCAUUGAAAAUACAGAGGAUCCUUUACUCCCUUCCUUUCCUCCUUGUCUCUCACAAUUAUUGAUCUUGAAUUGCCCUAUGUUGACUUCCAUGCCAACGUUUCCACAUCUUGAAGAAUUGUUGUGCCUUAGUAAUGCUAGCUGGAAGCCACUGCAACAAACAAUGAUGAUGAAUAUGGGAGCACCGCAAAGCCAAACGUCAACAGCAAAAGCCUCCUCUUCAUCCACUCCUCUCUCAAAAUUGAAGUUUCUACAACUCGAUUCCUUGGAGGAUCUAGAAACUCUACCAAAGGAGUGGUUGAAGAAGCUCACUUCUCUCAAUUCUUUAACGAUAAGGAGCUGCAAUAGAUUAAAUUCUCUCUUCCCAGGUAUACAACAUCUCGCUGCCCUUCAACAGCUGGAUCUUCAUGAUUGUCCUGAGCUUGAGCUAGCCAAUGUUGAGGAUGAGAUGCAAUGGCAAGGUCUUAAGAGCCUCCUCUCUUUGAAGUUUUCACGGCUUCCGAAACUGGUGUCUCUCCCAUUAGGGCUUCAACAUGCGACCACUCUACAAAAGCUCCUAAUUUCAGAUUGUGAAAACUUGAUGGCUAUACCAGAGUGGAUCCACAACUGCACAUCACUUCAAGUGCUUAAAAUUAAGGGAUGCUCCAGUUUGACAUCAUUGCCAGAAGGAAUGCGUAGCCAAACGUCUUUGCAGAGGCUGAAAAUUGAGAACUGUCCCAUCUUAUUGCAAAGAUGCAAGAGAGAAGCGGGUGAGGAUUGGCCCAAGAUUGCUCACAUCCCAAAGUUGGAAUUACAGUAUCCGGAUUCAGAUGCAGAAGUAGGAGAACCGGCUAAAGCACAGAAGAAACAGAGGAUUUGGAGGAUAUUCAAAAAAUCUAGGGCACAUAAUUCGUGAUUCUUCACAUAUUACGAGAAACAAUUAGUCUCUAUUCUUGCUCUUCCCACCACCUCACUGUUGUCAUCUCAAACAAAAGACAGAAAGUCAAUUCGCUCAUCGAGAUCUUUGCCCACCCCUACACCAUGGUGUGCGAGUUGUACUAUGCAGGAGGAUUGGGGGCUGUAUGGUGGGACGAAGCCCAUAUUGGCCUCUACACGGGAAUUGGCCUCAGCUUUAUCAUAGAUCAAUGAAGCACAUUGUGAAGAUUAUGACAUGGCUGGCUGGCAUCUCUGCCUUAAGAUGCUCGUCGGGUGUUCGACAAAAUGUUUAAACCGAAUAUACAUGCUAAGGAGAUUUAAUUAACUUGUCGCAAGUAUUUGGGGUUUUGCAGAAAAGAUGAGUUACCAAGCCAAUGAAAACCAAAUGCAUUUGGAUUUGUACACCGGCGCGCAACAUCAACUUUGGAUUCUAUACUUGGAACAUUUCUCUAUUAGGAUUGUUGUAGGUGAUGCUAAAUUUUGUAAGCAGCAAAGUAUUGUGAAAUUAUUGUAGUUUAAACACUGUUUGGUUUAAACUACAAUAAUAGAUGUAGCUUUAA